GGGCUAUCAUCAGUAAAAAGCACAAUGGAAGUGUCAUCAGCGAAAUCCACUGCAGGAAUAUCGAGUGAAAAAACAACACCUGCUGUCAAAACGAAAGCUACAACUACGGCAAGAGAAACCAAGCAUACGACUGGUAUUAUUUCAUCAGAGGGAGUUACUUCCCCUGUGCCCAGUACUGGGGAAACAACCAUUAAAAUAACAAGUAGACAAACUACUCCUGUUGCCGCAACAACUGAAACAUCAAUGAAAAUGACAAGUGUACACUCCAGUGAAGAGGUGAAAUCAGAGCGCACUACACCUGUUAGAUUAUCGACAAAACAGGUGACUCCAAUAGGUACAACGACUGAAUUGAAAGUAGUAAGUGUUGUGGCAACGACAAGUGCAGUCCCUUCACUCACAUCUACGGUUUCAAGUACCACCCCAGUAUGUGAUGUAUCAGAGGGAAUGAUGUCACCAACAACUAUUCCAUCUAGUGAAAUAAAAGUAAAUGAUGACAUGGCAAAAAUAGACAAUUUACGACCAGGUGGUCUUAUACCCAUGAUGAGUUCUAAGCCUACACUGGUAAUACAAUACACACCUUCAAUUGCCAAGUCUGUGCAAAAAGUAGAAUUAGUAUCAACAGAAAACAUAAUAUCAUACACUGUUACAUUUUUCAAUGCUGAUGGAACUACUAUAAAAAGAACAGUGAGUAUAAUUACUUUUAAACCUUUUGAUGUCUGUUACCAUUGA